AUGGCACAAUCCCCAGCUUCACAAAAAGAAGAGAAUGCGAGGUUCCGCGGUUGUUCCAUGGGUAGGUUGACAUCCACGCUCGGCAACAAGCCGGAUUCCAGACGGCCGAAGCCCGGGAUCCAGCGCAAGACCGGUGGUGUGGCACAAUUCAAAAUGUGCCUCGACUCGGGGGCAGACGGUAGACCGGCGAAUCGUCUCUCGGUGACGCGACCCAUCUCUAGAUAG